AUAAAAUUCAUAAUAUGGACACUUUGAGAUCAAAGCAAGGGCUAGUGUUAAGGUUAAAAGCAAUCAAUAGGACUAUACUUCAAACUAAAAUACCAGAUUUAAAUCAUAAAUUGAACUAUAUUAACAGGCUCUUGAAAAAGAAGAGAAAGCAAAGAUUUUUAAACCCUAAGCUAAAGAAUCAUAAAUUUGUUGUAAAACGGAAAUAAAGUUUACAGAAUUACCAGGAAUCAGAAAUCAGUCUCAUUUAGUAGAACUGCAAACAGAUUCAGAAGUCCUUCUUUGAAGAAAAAUAUCAGUCCUAGGAUUACUGCAAAAAGCCCUGAUCCUCAGUAUACACUGAUAUCUCCCUGAAGUCCAGAUGGAAAAGAGUUUGACAAAGUUCAGCAGAGAUAUAUGAGUAUUAUAAAGAAGGCUCAAGAUGCUAUUGGAAAAAGUCCUAGAGGCUUCGACUCUCCAAGGAUUCUUAAGAAGGUUCUCUCAGCUUGGGAAUCCUCUAAAAAUCAAGAAGAAGACAACAAGGAAUCCUUAUCCCCAACGGUGAAGGAUAGGCACCCUCUCCAGAACAACAGUGGAGAUUUUGAGCCGACAGAGAUCAGUAAUUUCAGACUAAGAGCGGAGCCUAGUACUUUUUCAGCGAUGGUUGCUCAUAAUUCUAAAUUUUCAUAAUUUCCUUAAACCUAACUGGC